AUGAACGAAACGCAAGGCAUGCAGCACGUGGUCGAUGUCGUCCGUUCAACGGUGAUUACGAGAAUUAAAAGAAUUUACGUGGGAGAAAUAAGAACGUCGAACUGGAGAGGACAAGUUCCAGUACUAGUUCAACCCGGCCAGCCAGAUGACGAAGUGAAUGGCUACCGCGCAGAUCAGGUGGAUCUUAGACCAGGCCGUGAAAAAGUGGAGAGAGCGGCAGGCUGCGAUGAAACCGACAGGUUUGCUCCGAAGGUCGUGGCUCAAACCAGUGCCCUGGCUUCCAAAAAGGAUGUAACUCAGGCAGAGAUGAAGCGCCGCCAGUCCCGAAAGGGCUGUAGGUGUGGCAACCGAAUGUCCAGGAGGGCGCGGCUAUGCGUUGGGAGCCCGAUGUAUGAGGAACGUCUCAGACCUGGAGCGCCAGGCACAAAACCAUCUUUUUCCUCUGGUGCUGACUUUUCCGGAAUGUCCCCAGGCCGCCACGGUCUGAGUAAUGCGCAGUUAUGCGGCGCGAAGCGAAUACGGUUUGGCGGUGCUGCCGAUGCUGCCGAUGCCGUGGGAGGAGGCUCUCACAAAUACUGA